UCUCCCCUCAUCACUUCAAAAUCAAAGAGGUAAGUUAAGUGGUCCAUGAAGAUUCACAGCUCCCCUUUGAAAAUAAGCUGCACCUAAUGAGGUAACAGCUGCUUCUCACAGGAGGGGGAAAAAUCCCCAACCAAACAAAAAAUCUUUCACUCCUGGGCUAGAGAAGCUUUCAGUGGUAUCUGAGGGUGGUCUGUGAUCAAUAGGCAUGGGAAACAUCUCCUUUUGGGAUGAUCUGAACAGCUCCUGCAGCAAUGCAGGCAACAGCUGCUACCCGGAAAACAGCAUGAGGGUCAACUUCACCCUCCAAGAGCAGGCAGCCGAUUUCUACGUUGUCCUGCCUGUGAUCUACUCUGUGAUCUGUGCUGUGGGACUCACAGGCAACACUGCUGUCAUCUAUGUGAUCCUCAAGGCCCCCAAGAUGAAGACUGUGACCAACAUGUUCAUCCUGAACCUCGCUAUCGCUGAUGACUUGUUCACCCUCGUCUUGCCCAUCAAUAUUGCAGAGCAUCUCCUCCGCUACUGGCCCUUCGGAGAAAUCCUCUGCAAGGUCAUCUUGUCCAUAGACCACUACAAUAUCUUCUCCAGCAUUUAUUUCCUGACAGUGAUGAGCAUAGACAGGUACCUGGUGGUACUGGCUACAGUCAGGUCCAAGAGGAUGCCCCACCGCACGUACCGAGCGGCCAGGAUUGUCAGCCUGUGCAUCUGGAUCCUGGUCACCAUCAUAGUCCUCCCUUUCAUCAUCUUUGCCAAUGUCUACACCGACGACCUGGAGAUCAAGAGUUGUGGUCUCAAUUUCCCCAAGCCUGAGAGGUUUUGGUUCAAAGCCAGCAGGAUCUACACCCUCAUCCUUGGCUUUGCCAUUCCAGUAUCCACCAUCUGCAUCCUCUACACCAUGAUGCUCUACAAGCUGAGGAACAUGCACUUGAACUCCAAUGCCAGAGCCCUGGACAAAGCCAAGAGGAAAGUCACCAUUAUGGUCUUCAUAGUCCUGGCUGUGUUCCUCUUCUGUUGGACCCCCUUCCACCUGGCCACCAUCGUGGCUUUGACCACUGACUUACCCCAAACCUCCAUGGUCAUUGGGAUAUCCUACUUCAUCACCAGCCUAAGCUAUGCCAAUUCAUGCUUGAAUCCUUUCUUGUAUGCUUUCCUGGAUGACAGUUUUCGGAAAAGUUUCCGGAAGUUGCUGGAAUGCAGAACUUCUUGAACAGGGGGCUGGGGCUGGCAGGUCUCUGCCCUUCUGGGGCUUUUCAGGGGCAGCUUUGCAGACUGGAGGAGAGGCCAGUGAAUGCACAAUGUCCUUUCUUUCGUUUACAUGUAAUGUGUCGUCUGUUUGUAAGCCUCAGCAGCAGCAGGGUUUGUCCUGCCCACUUGCAACUCUUGUAUUUCCUCUCUUUUCUCCUACCAACUUCUCAG